UGAGGCGUUUUAUAAACCGUCGUGGAGCACCGAUUGAAAUCCAUAGCGAUAGAGGCACCAAUUUCGUGGGGACCAACAACGAGCUGCGCAGAGAGAUGUCGAAGAUUGAUGACCAAUUGGCAGAAGUUUUCAGUAACGCUCAUACCAAGUGGGUAUUCAAUCCGCCCGGAACUCCACACAUGGGCGGAUCGUGGGAGAGACUAGUGAGAUCAGUGAAAAUAGCACUGGCUGCCAUGUACACUACUAGAACUCCGAACGAAGAAACACUCAUUACGCUGGUAGUUGAGGCCGAAUGCGUGGUGAAUUCACGACCAUUGACAUUCAUUCCGUUGGAGGUAGAACAGCAGGAAGCUCUAACUCCCAAUCACUUUUUGCUCCUGAGCUCUAGCGGCGUGGUUCAACGACCACAAGCAUUGGCGGAGUCUGAAUCUGCCUGUAGAAGUAAUUGGAAUCUGGGACGGGUGAUGUUGGACCAAUUUUGGCGUAGAUGGGUCCGGGAAUACCUUCCCACUCUUACGCGCCGAUCCAAGUGGUUCGAUGACGUGAAGCCCAUUUGCAUUGGUGAUCUGGUGAUCGUGGUCGAAGAUGGCAUCCGGAAUGGUUGGACACGAGGACGGGUACUGGAGGUCAUCGCUGGCCAAGACGGCCGAAUUCGACAAGCCAUGGUGCAGACAGCCUCGGGUCUAGUACGGCGACCAGUAGCUAAGCUGGCGCGAUUGGAUUUAAAGCAGAGUAAAACUGGUCUUGAGGUCUCUGACCAGUCUUACGGGUCGGGGAAAUGUAACCGAGAUUUACACUAACUACGGUUCGAGAAUUGUAAGCCCCUUGGUCGUAGCGGAACGCGAUUACGAUGCGUUUUAUCUGUCAACGCAUGACGGAGCGCAAUAUGAGAAAACAAAGAAAGUCUCAUUCUAUAGCACGAGGUAGUGAACUGAGUACGCAAAAAUAUUAAAAUUAUACAUUGGCUAAAAUAUUAGUGUACAUUUAUCACGAUUUUCCAAGUGAGUCAUUAUAUCGCAAGUUAAAUUAUUGAAUUUAAAUUGAAACAUAUCUAUAUAAUGAAUUACAGAAUAUUUAUAUUUAUAUUAAUUCAUAUUGAUUUGUGGAUAUAACCUAAAAGGGAGGAUAGUAUUAAUCUUUUAGCACUAUUAUCACCAAGAACGC